AUGGAAAAGUCUAAUGAAAGAAACAUGUUCAAGAAGGAUGUUUCAAGGGUAUCGAGCACUGGAAGAAAGAUCAUAACUCCCAAAAAUAUUCUUACUACUGAGUCUGAAGAUGAAAGGCCUACGAAAAAAAAGAAAAGCAAUUGUUCAAUUCAUAAAAAAUUGGAAGAUUUAAAAAAGUUGGCGGAAACAAUGAAGAAUAAUGUAGCAUCAAAGAAACCUGAAGCAGUUGUAAUCAAGAAAUCGGUAACAAAUUCCUCUAUUCAGUUAAAACCAGUUUCUCAAAAUCCAAAGUCGAAUCCAAACAAUAAAAGAAAAUCGAAACCUGAAGAUUCCCUAUCACCUAAGCCUUCGACUUCGUUUGCUAAUGAGCAAAAUACUUCAAUUGACUCCGCUACUCCGAUGAAGCCGCAUUCUCUCGAACCGAAAUCCGAUGGAAACAACAAUAAUAAAUUAAAUGACGUAGCUUUAUCAUCAUCGCAACCAUCACCUUUGUCUGUUAAUAAAAAGAAAACUGCUAACGAAUUGUCAAAAACACACGCUCUUACGAUAUCAAAAGAAACGGAUAAUGAUGAAUUCGGUCGCGAGAAGCAGUUUUCAAACCUUCAGUCGGAUAUGCUUGAAACUGUCGAUGUGCAGGAUGUUCCGGUUUUACAAUUCUCUCCAGGAAUGUUAAAUGAUUUUAAUUUCCAGAUUACUGUUUCUGAGCAGUUAACGUGAGUAAACUCUAUUUUCUCCAUUUUCUAUUAUGAUUUUUUAACUC